CAAAGAAAGACAAGAGAAAAUAGGAUAAAUUUUGUUGUAUUUUCUAUUGCACACACAAACUAAGAAUAAAUAAAUUUUUCUUACCAUUUAUUUUAUUUAUUUUAAGUGGUACUGUGAUAAAAUGCAAAUAAUCCUCCUGUAAAUUAAUAUUUUAAAAAACAUGGAUGGUUUUGUGCCCGAAGACAAAUAUCAAAAGUUAGCAAGUGAAUAUGCCAAGCUCAGAGCCCAGGCUUCAGUACUAAGGAAAGCUUUAUUAGAAGAGCAGGCCAAAAGUUCGUCACUAAGAGACCAACUAAAACAAAAGGAGACUACUCUGAGACGAGACGAACAAGAGAUCGAUUCUUUGGGUUUUCGAAACAAACAACUGGAACAUCGCGUGGCUUCUUUGCAAGAAGAAUUGGUUAAAAGUGAAGCACGAAAAAAGGAAAAAGACGCCAAAAAGAAAGGAAACAAUGAUAAAAUCGAAGCGCAACAAGUGAAUUUAAUGAGCGGGCAUAAAGAUGACAUUUCCCAAGACUCAUUGAUAUUUGAAGAACUACAAAAAAAGAUUAUGGAAAAUGCCGAAUUAACUUCGUUGAUUGAUGACAGGGAGAGAAGUUUACAAAUGCAUUCGGAGCAUAUUAAAGGUAUGGAACAAAUGAUAGAAAAACAUAACCUCGAGCAUGCUGAAGUGGAAAAACGACUUAGAAAAGAAAUGGAAAUCUUACAAAGUCGCAACCAAGAAUUGGAAACUAAACUUGUUGAGGCCGCUAGUAUGUUGGGGAGUGAAGAUGCAUUAAGUGCAUCUGGAAGUGACUACACACCAUACCAUAAUAACAACCAAAUACAACAUCAUAGUUCGCAUCAGAUGAUGACAUCAGAAUGUCGCAUAACAAAUUUGGAAAAGGAAGUAGCACAUUGGCGUUCUCAGUAUGAACUUACAAAACUUUAUACUGAUACUCAGCACACAAAAUCUAAAACUGAAGUUAAUACGUCCUCAAAUCCAAGUAGAUCUUCAGGAAAUUUAUUCGACUGCAGUUCAACAACCACAGCAGCAGGUCUUACUUCUGUACCUUUAGUUGCAGAGGGUAAAAGUUCACGCGAUUCAAAAACAGAGCAGUUUAUACCAACCACCAAAGAAUUGUUACUGUUUAAUAAUUUGGGUAAAAAGUUUGAAGAUCUAUUGAGGGAAAAGCUUUUAGCAGAAUCUCGUCUUGCUACUUUUAUAUUAGAAGUUGACCAUUUGCAAAAUUGUCUCGAAAAUGCCACACAUGAACUUAAGGGUAAAGAUGAACAAUUGGAUAGCAUCAAUCAGGCUUUGCAUUUAUUGGAAGAGGACUUGACCACAACUCGAGUUAAUUACGAUGAGCAAAUUAGUGUUUUGACUGAACAGGUCAUUAAUCUCAGUGAACAAUUGGCUGCCAGCAAGUAAAUACAAAAAUUGGCCUGGAUUGCCUACUCAAAAGUUUGUUUCUAUUAUUUAAGAUUUCUUACUUUUAUGCUUAGCCUAAUAGAUACCGACAUGUAAUUAGUAAAAAACACAAUUGUAUAUAACAUAAAUAAAUUACAUAAAGAAAAACAA